CUUGUACCAUGUGAUCUCUGUGAUCAUUCACAGAUUUCACACGUAGUAAUCAAUGAUGUCAGAAGUGACAUCUUGCUUACUACUAUUCAUGUGUUUACUGAUUGGCCAAUCAGUGAUCACAUGAUCGGGACCUCACACAUAAGUCCCGUACAGCAAUCGGUGUUCCCCUGUGUCCGGAGCACACAGUGGGCACUGCGCGCACAAGCAGGGAAGUUUAUAAACGGCCACCCGCCCCUGCACUGCUCCCGUUCAGCCGUUUAUAUACAUGGGCCGGAUGGGAAGUGGUUAAAGUAUAACUAAAGGCAAAACCUUUUUUUUUUCCG